GUAGAACAACGCGGAUUGGUCGUGAAUGCUGAUGCUUCUGUCGUCAAACUCUGCUAUUGGACAAAUAACUGUCGUUCAACAAACCAUUUUGGCAUAAAAAUUACAACUUUAGGGUGCCGUUUGGAGGACAUCAAGAACAUGAAGUAUAGCGACAUGGUGUGGGUGGCUGCCAACGCGGUGGCGGUUUUAAGUCGAACCUACCAGGACUCGAUUGAAGCAUAGCCAGCUUUAAUAGCAGGAAUGCUUUUGAGGAAACGAUUGAAAUAGUGCCUUACCGAUUCUCCUGUACGAGAAUACUUUCAAAGAAAGAAUGACUGAGUUGAUGUAGCUGGUUAACGUCAAAGCUCGCAUAGCUUGCUAGCUAACCAAUUUGCCUUCGGUAUUCUCCUCGUUCGAUCAGUUUCGCUCCUAAACCUCGUAGACAUUUUAUCUAACGUUAGGUUGAACCUAGCAAAAAUAAAACAUUGCCAUGAAGAGGGCGAAUAGCUUUCAGAGGUUCAUGAACAGUCGAGCCGCAGCCAACUGCCGAUAUCAGCCCACCUGCUAUGAGCAUGCUGCUAACUGCUACACACACGCGUUCCUCGUUGUCCCAGCCUUUGUGGGCAUGGCCUUGCUGCACCGUCUAUCGGACAACCGCUGGGAGAAGAUCACGGCCUGGGUGUACGGCAUGGGCCUGUCUGCGCUCUUCUUGGUCUCCACCGUCUUUCACAUCAUCUCAUGGAAGAAGAGCCACAUGAGGUCUAUGGAGCACUGUUUCCACAUGUGUGACCGUGUAGUCAUCUACUUCUUCAUCGCUGCCUCCUACACACCCUGGCUGAAUUUGCGCGAGCUGGGCCCUCUGGCUAGUCAUAUGAGGUGGUUUGUGUGGUUAAUGGCUGCCGCAGGAACUAUUUAUGUGUUCAACUAUCAUGAGAAGUAUAAACUGGUUGAACUGGCCUUUUACCUGACAAUGGGAUUUUUCCCUGCUUUGGUUGUGACCUCAAUGAGCAACACGGAGGGCCUGCAUGAGCUGGCGUGCGGCGGCCUGAUCUACUGCCUGGGGGUGUUCUUCUUCAAGUCGGACGGGGUGAUACCGUUCGCCCACGCCAUCUGGCACGUGUUUGUGGCGCUGGCUGCGGCCGUGCACUACUACGCCAUCUGGAAAUACCUCUACCGGACCCCCGGGCCUGAGGAGAUCAGGGAUGCCUAACGGCCCAUCACUCUGCCUCUAUCUCUUCCCUCCCCUCCUUCUCUUCCUUCUCUUUCUCUUCCUGCCUACUUUUCUUUCUUUCCUACUCUCCAAUCUCUGCUCUCCCCAGGAGGCAAGGUGUCCUUUUUAAUCCUCCUCUCCCUGAUCCACUUCUGCUCACCUCUCCUCCUCGGUCUGCUCUUUUCUUCCGUGCCUAUCCUUUCCUCCUUGUUUCUCCCUCUCUUACCUCCUCCACCUCCUCCUCCUCCUCCCUCCUCCUCCUCCUCUUCACUGACUAGCAGUCAGGCCAUUACCACACACACAGGACUCCUCUGCCCCUAAUUACUAAGCCAGACUCUGCAGAGGUAUAACAAAAUGGAUUUAAAAAAAACAACAACAAAAAAAAGUUUACGACUACAUCCGUGUAUUGUUUACCAUUUUUGAAGCAGCUGGGUAACAGCGCUCACACAUGCUCAGCCACUGAGAGGAUCACAGUUCUCUUCACCGUUUCUUUUCUGUCUCUGUAAAGCUCAUGUCUGUCUCCGUAUGAGAAGGGGAGGAAACUGCAUUUUCUGCUUGCAAAAGACUUCUGUGCUCAAACCUCCUUGGACUACGGCUCUAGGUGGUGGUAUAGUCUUCUUUUUUUUUUUUUAAAGCUCUUUGAUAUCGCACAUUCUUUUAUUGCUAAACAUUCCACAACAAACGUCACGCACAGGGAUUUUUAUCAGACAUUUUCUAGCCCUCACUCAAGACCAACACUGGAGGUUUGGUCAAGAGCUCUUCAUUCUAGCGGUCACACUUCUAUCCACACUUGACAUAUCCACUGAGGAUCAUUCACCCUGACAUUUUGGCUCUUUGGUGCAGUUUUUGUACGGUGGUGUUGUCUGUACGCUCUGUCUCUCUCGAGCAGUAUAUGAAAGUGCUGACUUUCAUAUUUUUUUUCCAAGGCGCUUUUGUAACCCGAAGAACCACUUAUAUUUGAUAUCUUUGACUCUUAUUGAGUAACUUUUGCCGUUGAGCAGCUUGUAUUGUUUCAAAGGCCCCAGAGUAAUCAUGUUGAAUGUGAAUUUUAUUUUAUUUUCUAACCGAUAUCGGAAUGAAAUCAUGCAGUGACUGGCUGUGCCCUGUGACGCUUUUUUGUGGAGUGCAAAAAAAAAAAAAAAAAAAAGCGCAAAUCAAAGGUGUACAUUUUCUAUUGUUAGCGUUUUAAAAUUAACACUAAUCAGUGAUCCAACAUUGUUGCCACUCCUACUUCAUUCAUGCUUUUUGUCGGUGCAUACUCGCAUCUCAGCGGGAAAAUGUAUGCUCAGAAUCUCAGCAACACGGAGCUCAGUGCUUUUGAAAUCAGUUCUCAUCCAAGAGCGGACUUGCUUGACUUAUGUGUAUGAAUCAUGACCAACCUUCAUGUGGAGGCAGCAUAGAACUGAGAAGAGAGGAGUUGGAAUGAGAGAAACAUUCUCAGCACUGACAUUUCGUUUCUUCAGUUGAGUAGAAAAGAAGCGUACGCCUAUGCGGUCACGCUGGGCCGUGAACUCUUAUGGACUCCCAGCUACAGGAAUUGAUUCAUCAGCCAUGCUAUUAGGGGGGACUGAAUCACCUGACGUGGCCAGUGUUAUCAAAUAUCACAUGUUUAACUUGCCCCUUAAAAUCUAAAGGUAUGCAUCCAGAAUCUGGUAUUUCUGACAGGGCCUUCAUACGUUCACAUGUGGCCAGUGUGAUUAAUACUCCGUGUUGAAACUGCAUGGUGGUUGGUAAAUGUGUGCUUUUAUCUGGUUUCAAUCUCCUCUUUUUCUUCGGUGGACCUGUGACAACCGCAGGGGUUGAUGAUGCUAAUUUUGAUAAAUGUGAGUGAGUAAAGCACCCGAUUCCAAGUUUUGUAAUAUUUGUACAUUCUGUUUUGGCACAUAAUUCUGUACUGGCCUUUUGAAAAACAAAACUUAAAAAAAAAAAAAAUUCUUCUAAUGCUACUAUAUUUUAAGUAACCUUUUGGUGUUUUGGUGCUGUACAUAAACAUUUGUUUCUGAUUGUCAGAAGAUUUCUUAUGUGUUAAUAAAACAAAUAAAGCCUUGUUUGUCGA